GACUUUUUGGAAAUAUAAAUAACGAUAAAUAACAGCAUUACCGUCAACUGGAGUAAUUAUCUAAGCGCCUCGUUAUUUUUUAUUCCUAAAAAGGCAUUUCCAUGGCUGGUAAAAAGAAGGAGAUCAGUUUACAGAUAAAUAUCAAUACUGACGAUCAGUGGAGUGACAUUCUGGAAACGAAAGGUUUAAUAGUGGUGGAUGUGUACCAGCAGUGGUGUGGACCCUGCCGCGCCGUCGUCAGUCUGUUCAGAAAAAUCAAGAAUGAGCUUGGAGACGAGCUGCUGCAUUUUGCCACAGCUGAGGCUGAUGGGAUUGAAGCUCUGGAGAAGUACAGAGGGAAGUGUGAGCCUACCUUUCUGUUUUAUGCGGGUGGGGAGCUGGUGUCUGUUCUGCGGGGACCAAACGCUCCUCUCCUGCAGAGGGUGAUACAGGAAGAGCUGAGCAAAGAGAAGAACGUCCUAGAGCACGGCGCCGCACGCAGGGUGGUGACAGAUGAAGGUUUAACUGAGGAAGAGGAGGUGAAUGAGGACUUUAAGGAUCACGCACAUGAUGAAGAUGUGAAUGUUCCUGCUAACGAGUCUUACACAGUGGCGAUAAUAAAGCCAGAUGUGGUGGCACAAGGCAAAGCAGAUGAGAUUAUCAUGAAGAUUCAGGAUGUGGGUUUUGUGAUUUUGGCCCACGAGGAGAGAACGCUGAGUGAAGCAGAAGCUCAAGACUUCUACAAGCACAAAGCCGCAGAGCCUUACUUUCAGGAGCUCAUCCAAUUUAUGUCGAGCGGCCCGUCGCAUGUCUUAGUCAUUUCUAAGACGGAGGGCACUGAGGACGUCAUCCCAGCCUGGCGGGAAUUCAUCGGUCCUCCGGAUGUGGAAGAGGCCAGGAGGACGCAACCGGAGAGCUUGCGGGCUCAGUAUGGCACCGAGACUCUUCUGAACGCUCUACACGGCAGCAGCGACCGCGAGCAGGCCAGCAGGGAGCUGGCGUUCUUCUUCCCCAGCUUCAGGAUGGCGAUGGCCGGGCCGGAACAGGGGCAUGUGGAGAGGACGCUGGCGCUCAUCCGUCCAGACGCUGCCAGGGAAAACAGAGAGGAGAUUCUGAGCCGGAUCCAUGAAGCAGGGUUCACAGUGGCCAUGCAGAGAGAGAUGAUGUUGUCUGAGGAUCAGGUCAGACAGUUCUACAGCGAUCACCUGGAGCAGGAAUAUUUCCCCAGUCUGCUGGAGAGCAUGACCAGCGGGCCUGUGUUAGCAUUAGCGCUAGUGAAGGAGCGAGCCGUGGAACACUGGAGGAACAUCCUGGGACCCAAAGACCCCAUCCAGGCGAAGACUGAGCAACCCCACAGUCUGCGAGCCCAGUUUUCCUCUGGCCGCUGCAGUAUUAAUCAGCUUCACGGCAGCGGAAGCUCAGACGAGGCGGAGAGAGAGAUCGGCUUCUUCUUCCCACCGGAGGACACACUCGCCGUCAUUAAACCUGACACUGAACACAAGGAGGAAAUCCUGGAGGAGGUUCGGGCCAGAGCAUUCACCAUCUCCCGUCUGAAGGACACGGUUCUGUCCAGAGAGAUGGCGGAAGAGUUUUAUAAAGAGCACCGAGACAAACCCUUCUUCAGUCAGCUGGUGGAUUACAUGUGUCGUGGCCCGUGUACGAUGAUGGUCCUGACGAAGGAGAACGCGGUGGAGGAGUGGAGGGCGGCCAUGGGCCCGACGGACCCCAGCGAGGCGAGACAAACGGCCCCGGAGUCUCUGAGAGCGCGCUUCGCUAAAGACAUGCUGGAGAACGCCGUCCACGGAUCCUCCAACACUCAACACGCACACCAGAAGAUACAGUUCAUCUUUGGAGACAUCAGCUCUGAGAGCGUGAUCAUCGACGGAGCUGUUUCUCCUCUGUUAGAAACAGAGGAGAGUUUUGCAGAGCUCAAGAAUCUACAAGCUUCCAGAUCUCCAUCAUUUAAUGACGCGAGGAACCAGACAGAGCCAAGCUCAGCAGAAGCUGCUGAAGAAAUGAAGCCGGAGUCAGAGACUAAAGAGAGUCAUUCAGCUUCUUCUGAUGAGACUGAAGCACUAGAGACGCCCACAUCCAGCUCGCAGGACACAGAAGCUGCUGAAGAAAUGAAGCCAGAGUCAGAGACUAAAGAGAGUCAUUCAGCUUCUUCUGAUGAGACUGAAGCACUAGAGACGCCCACAUCCAGCUCGCAGGACACAGAAGCUGCUGAAGAAAUGAAGCCGGAGAUGACAGAGAGUCAGCCAGCAUCUUCUGAUGAGACUGAAGCACUAGAGACACCCACAUCCAGCUCGCAGGACACAGAAACUGCUGAAGAAAUGAAGCCGGAGUCAGAGACUAAAGAGAGUCAUUCAGCUUCUUCUGAUGAGACUGAAGCACUAGAGACGCCCACAUCCAGCUCGCAGGACACAGAAACUGAGGAGGAAAUGAAGCCGGAGAUGACAGAGAGUCAGCCAGCAUCUUCUGAUGAGACUGAAGCACUAGAGACACCCACAUCCAGCUCGCAGGACACAGGUCUUUAUUUAAAUGAGUGAUACACAAGUCAUGAA